CUACCUAUUCCUGUGCGAGGUCAUUUAACAACACAAUACACACGAGCGCAGCGCAGUCUGCGAUGACUUUCUCCUUUUAGGUGGGCAGCGGAAGCAGCGCUUUUGCGACACUCCACCAGUCAGUCAGCUGCCCCCUUUGCUCGGCCCUUUCGCCACCUGAGCCGACAUGGACCUGUGAGACAGCAGGACCGACCUGGACCAAUUAACCAGACAGAUCUUUCAGUAAAUGAUGCAGGGCAGCAGGAAUACGACACCGCGGCCGCCCCCGCGCAGGGGGCCUGGCCGCGCCUUCUCUACCUCGGAUGGCGACCAGAGUCCGCGAGCGCCCUCUGACCGCACAGUGUCCGAGUACAUGAUCGCCAAUGAGCGACUGGGUGUCCGAGAACCCCAGCCGUCCACCUCCAGGGGCGGGGGCGGCGGCUACAGGGACAACAAUUCCGACAUUUACGUCCAGCAGGGAACAUACAAGUCUCCUUCAGAGUUUAGUCGAGCGUCGUACCCGAGGUCGGAGGCAGUGUCGGUGAAAAGCAAGAUUUCGCGCAAAGGAGGCGCAAUCGUGGAGACAGUGUCGGCGCCGAGCCCCUUCUGCCCAGACACGCGCGGCAUCUGCUGCUUGAUGCUGCUUCUCAAUCUAGGGAUCAUGCUCAUUUGCCUGGGAUUCAUCAUCGUUAUCCAGUUCUACGACCCCUUAAUUAUCUGGAUUCUGGGUAUCAUAUUCCUGGUGUUCGGCUUCGUGACCCUGAUCGGCAGUCUGAUCUACUGCGUUUACGUGUGUCGCGACGCCAAAGAUCCGCGCGAGUUCGACUUGAACGAGUUCUACUGGACCAACAGGUGGCGAGCAAAGGUCGGCUCGGCGCCACCCUCCGAAAUCCACUACCGCAGCGAGCAAAUGUACUCGGACGAGGACCGCUCAGGAAUCAGCAAGUUCAGUUCCAGCAGGCGCUCAGACAGAUACUAAAAUUCUAAAAGCAAUAAUAAUCCGCCGCAUCAAAAUCUGUGCCACAUUAUAUAAUACACCCUAAAAGGUGCUGCAAUCCUCUUCGAAAAUCUUUGCAUUUUUUUAGCAGACUACCCAACACUGUGUUCGUGCAAACAGUAAACAAAAGAGUUAGAUUUUUGCUACUAAAAAAUAACAACUGUGAUAACAUAAAUACCUAUGUAACUUUCCAUUAAAAUUUUUUAUUUUUAAAAUUUUUACAUGCGAGUAUUUCCAGAGUACAGAUCGACGAGGUUGUAAGAUUUUUAGUUAAUAAAUAAAUAAAUAGUACGUAUGUUAUAUUGUCAUUCAACUUUACGUAAUACACAUUUUAACACCAUGUUAAAACAAUAAAAUUAUACUCUGACUUAAACUUA